GUCAAUUUCCAUAAGAAGCUCCGCUGAGAAAUAACAAAUAUUCAUAAAAGCGAGUAAAAAAAGUGCUUAUUAAAUUCCAAUAACAACUUAGAUUCUUUCUUUUUAGUUAUUGUUGUUGUUGUUGUUGGGGGCAAUUACCAUAGAACAACCACAUUCUUCAUUUUCUAGGGUUUUUGCUCAUUUCACCAUCUUCAAUGGCCGCUUCUUCUCUUCUCAGAUCUACUCUUGUCUCUUCAUCAUCUUCUUCCUCCGAUCGCGUCAAGGGGCUUAGCAGUGCCUCAAGCAUUAAUUCAAAAUCUACGAGGUUGCACAACAGCAUAUUUGGAACUUCAAUUUCAUGUGAAUCAAUCGUCUUACAAAACUGCAAUGCCCGGAGUAUACAGCCUAUCAGAGCUACAGCAACAGAAAUCCCUCUCCCUGUACAAAAAUCAAGCAGUGCUGGGAAGACAAGAGUCGGAAUAAAUGGUUUUGGUAGAAUUGGAAGGUUGGUGUUACGGGUAGCUACUUCCCGGGAUGAUAUUGAUGUUGUUGCAAUUAAUGAUCCUUUUAUUGAUGCUAAAUACAUGGCGUACAUGUUCAAGUAUGAUUCUACUCACGGACCAUUCAAGGGAACUAUUAAGAUUUUGGAUGACACUACUUUGGAAAUUAAUGGGAAGCAGGUUAAAGUUGUGAGCAAAAGAGAUCCUGCAGAGAUCCCUUGGGGUGAUUUUGGGGCUGACUAUGUGAUAGAGUCUUCCGGAGUUUUUACAACAAUAGAGAAAGCUUCAUCACAUUUGAAGGGUGGUGCCAAGAAAAUCAUAAUAUCAGCUCCAUCUGCUGAUGCGCCAAUGUUUGUGGUAGGGGUGAAUGAGAAGACGUACAAGCCCAACAUGGACAUUGUUUCUAAUGCAAGCUGUACAACAAAUUGUCUUGCUCCUCUUGCCAAGGUGGUUCAUGAGGAGUUUGGCAUAAUUGAAGGUUUGAUGACCACUGUGCAUGCAACUACAGCAACACAAAAGACUGUAGAUGGUCCUUCAAUGAAGGAUUGGAGAGGGGGAAGAGGAGCAGCUCAAAAUAUAAUUCCAAGUUCAACUGGUGCUGCCAAGGCUGUUGGAAAAGUUCUUCCUGAGCUAAACGGAAAGCUCACUGGAAUGGCAUUUCGUGUACCUACUCCUAAUGUCUCUGUUGUGGACUUGACUUGCCGGCUUCAAAAGAAUGCUUCCUAUGAAGAUGUUAAAGCAGCAAUUAAGCAUGCUUCAGAGGGACAAUUGAAGGGAAUUCUUGGAUACACAGAUGAGGAUGUUGUCUCUAAUGACUUCGUUGGUGAUUCAAGGUCGAGUAUCUUUGAUGCCAAGGCCGGGAUUGGGCUUAGCAAGUCCUUCGUGAAGCUGGUCUCAUGGUAUGACAAUGAGUGGGGUUAUAGCAACCGAGUGCUCGACCUUGUAGGACAUAUGGCACUGGUGGGAGCCCACAAUUGAAACAAAUAGUGUUUCUUACUGUCGGUGUUGCGAUUCUGAUCUUUACUUGAGUUAGGUUAAGAAUUAGUAGCCGUUUAGGUUCUCAGAUUUUGGUUUUGAUGUGAUAUUUAUAAGAUUGCAGACAUUUCUGGAGCCCCUCCAACAGAGGAAGAAGUAGAUGAUCAUAUCAUAUACAUUGAGAAUAAAAUAAAAGUCCAAGUUACAUGUCUGAAAUUCAUCUUCAUAUACUGGAUGGAUUUUACAAAUUUUUUGUAUUAUUGUGAAGUGUUUUUAUUUUACUUUUGAUUAAGUGAA